AUGGGAUCAUUUUAUGAGAUGCAGAGCAAAGAUUUAAAAUCACUUCAACGGCAUGAGAUGCUGACCAUUAUAGAACAGGCGCAUUUACUUGGGAUGACCAGUAGUAAAUACAUGUGGAUAAUCUCCCACAAGUCCCUUGGCAAACAAACACAGACCGAAGGGUCUCUCCCAGCCGGUAUUUUAGGUAUUUCAUUUGAGUUUGAGAUGGACCAUAUGAAACUGCUCAUUGAAAGAGCGACAAAGAUUUGGACAGAUGCAUUGAUAGUUUUGGCCCGGCACACGACUAACUUAAAUGGUCCAUCCUUUCAUUUGAAUAUGUCAUGCGAUGGAACCCGACCGCUACGUUGGGAAGAGGGCAAACAUUUAUAUAGUGAUCCCUAUUUACGGCCUUAA